CCCGUCUGUCGUUGUGCGAGUUGCAAACAUACCACACCACACACAGUGCACAACACCCACCAGCAGUCUAUCCACCCCCAAUCCCAAUCAGCCAGACGCACCCACAAUCAGGCACUGUCAAUCAAUCACCCUUCAAUGGCACCGCACACGCCAUCACUAUACCCCGCCCGCCCACCCACCCACCCACAAUUGCCCCUUCCCUGUCCCGUAGCUAUUUCUGCUAUCUAUCUACUUGUAGUGUAUGCCCUCAGUGUUGUAGGGGUGGUGGUGGCUGUGGUGGUACUGUGCCUGGUAGGCCGUGAUCUGCGCCUCGGCCGACAGCAACGGCGUGGGCUGCAGCUGAUGCGGCGCACCGGGCGGACCGUCACCACACACCUGAAACCAUUGAAUGGAGGAACGAACCAACGAACCAACGAGACGCACACCACACCCGUAGACAGACGGAGCCACAGGCCGACAGACAGACAGACAGACGUUCAUUGCGUCCGUCUCCCCUCAUCCCUCCCUCCCCCAUCUGUCUGUGCUCACUGACCUCCUCGCUAUCGUCCUUCUCCUCUUCCUCUUCCUCUAUGUCGUCAUCCUCCUCCUCUCCCUCCUGGUGCUCGGGGUGCGACUCGUCGUGGCCCAGGGUGUGGCGACUGCCCCCCCGCCGCGACACCGACACGCGACCCGCCCAACUCAGCACCGCCAUGGCGUACUCCAUGUCCUCCUCGGCCGGCGGCUGGUUGUUGGAGGAGGCCUUGUCCACACCCACACCACCACUGGUCAGUGGCAGGUAGGAUGACCGGCGACUCUUGGGCUUGUUCUUGGUCUUGUCCCUUUUGGAUUUGGUCUGGCCGGCCUGGCCGGCCUUGUCCCGGUCUCUUGCGCCCAUCUUGGAGCGGAUUGCCUGGUGGAGCGGCGACAUCGGCAGGCCGUUGUUGGAGUGCUCUUGGUAGAGACGGCACACCAUCGGCCACAAACCACUGAUCGGACAGACGGGACAGUGGAGGGAGAGGGAGGACAGAGAUCAGGAGGCUGGUCGAUGUAUGUCUGUGUGCCUGCCUGUGUGCCUGUCUUCACACCACCCGGGUAGACUGACCGCUUGUGAGCGAGGCGCAGGAGCUCCGGGUUGCGGAGCAAGCAGAUACGAUGGCCAGACAUACCUGACACGCAUCAACCCAAUAAGCCAAGAAGAACGGGCUGCUUUGCUGCCUUGCCUUGAUGGUGGGUGCAUUCUGUGUGUGGUGUGGCGUGUGCGUCCACCGUCCACCAUCCACCCACCCACCCGCCCACCUGUGAGCCGUACGGCCUUUCUGACGAUCUCCCUGCCCGCCUCGCCUAUGGUCAGCUGCAUACCGCUCUGGUAACGGAUCAUCUGCACACACAUGAGCAUGACACACAACACACUCGUGGAGUGCAUCGCAUCCUACACCUCCUCCCUCCCUCCCCUCUCCCCUCUGGACAGACAGCAAGCAUACCGCUUCAGCUGGGCAGUGGUUGAGCUCCUGCAUCUCUGCGCAGGUGGCCCGGUGCCCCCGGAUGCUAAUCGACGCCGUCACGUCCGCACUGUCACCAUCGAAGAUGCUACCGCCCUUCUCCCCCUUCUCCCCCUCCCCCUCGUCCUCUCCCCCCUCGGAAGCCUCCAACUGCUGGUCCGCCUCCUCUUCGUCAACAUGGUCAUCGUCACAGCUAUCUGCUAUCGCAUGUCUGCCACCGCGCCGGCUCCGCUGCUUCUUGGCGGCCUGCUUGGUGCGGGACUGCCGGCGGCUCCUCUUGCGGCUCUUGACCCUGAUGCCCUCGAGCCAGCCGCCGCUCCCGCUCCCACUCCCGCCGUCCUCCCCCUCCUCCUCACUCCUGAUACCUGACGACGCACACUCACACACACACGGUGUGACGUACGUAUGUGCCUUAUUGGCUUGCGAAACGUUCUGUGCGAUGGGUGGGUGCGUGGCUGGUCAGUCACUGACUGAACUCACUUUGAGCAGAGGCCAGCAGGGGGUCGGUGAAGGCCAAGGCGGGGUCCUUGAGGAGGUCCAUCUUGCUCCUCUUCUUCAUGACGGGCGCGGCGAUGACGGCGAGGGGCACCAGCCGCCGCUGCCAGUAGGCGCUGUCGUCGGCCAUGGUCAUACCCAUGCCCAUCGCCACAGCCGCCACGUCGCCCCUCUUGCCUCGCCACUUGCGCUGGCCGUGGUAGCGUCGGUACUCCUCCUCUCCCUCCUCCUCUUCUUCCUCGACGGCCGUGGCGAGCAUGUUCAGCCCAUGGAGGUCGCUAUCGGUGCGUGUGGUGUUGGGCCGCUUCUUCUGGCGCGGCAGCGGUGGCAUGGCCUGGUCCAGGGCGCCCUUGAAGGCUGCACAAAACUCAGAGGCACCGCCCGGCAAAACCCCUGGACACACAGCCCACAGAGACACACACACGCAACUUUGUGAGAGAGAGGGAAUGGCGCCGCGCCCUCCUCGCCCAAGCGUAGGGUCUUUACUCCUCCUCCUCCUCUGCUGCGCCGUGCUGUGCUGUGCUGUGCUGACCCAAGCGUGGCGCUUCUCCCUCUACCUCCUCCAUCCUGCUCAUCCGCUGCUCAUCGUCAGUAGCUAUCCCGAAACCACCACCUUGCCCUCGCCCACCGCAGAUCCCCGCAGCCAGCCUGCUGGUGGUGCCCUCAGCGGCUGCUGAGCGGCCGUCCGUGGGAUGGUGGGCGCGCAACACGGAGCUGUGGAGGUCAUUGGUGUGGUUGGUGUGCGCGUCGGGUGCUUUGGAGAGGCCGGGGGGACCCUCCGAGGCCACCAGGGCGGGGCUGAAAGGCGGCACAGGGCACGCAGCAGGGAUCGUGGGAGGAAGAUGCAUAUUCGGUAGUACGAGAGCGUGGAGGUGAAACGGCUUCCUACCUGCGAUAUUGGUGGGCUGGAGCUGAGGAGGUGUACGCCACCUCCCCCUCCAUGCCCUGCUCCUCCAUUAUCCUGCUAAUCGUUCUGGUUGUUGUGUUCUGGGUUCUGUUUAACGAG